UAUUGAACAUAUUGGUUAAAUUUUUAAAAUUGUUUACAAUCGAAUUUGAAUGCAAAUCUAGAGGAUUGAUUAUCAAUGGUUAAACCUGAUCCUGUUAAAAAUAAUCAAUUUUGUGGAAUUGAUUGGAAUCGUGAGCCGACAACCCAGCAAACGACCAACAAAAAGAAUGGAUUCUGUAAUUAUGUAUGUCGCUCCGAUUGUUGCAAAUCGAAGUCUACCGACGAUGAAUGUCAUCGGAGAUGUCCACCGCCAUGUGAUAUAUUAUGUUUUUAUCUCCAACGUUGGUAUUCACGUUUGGCUAUCAUUUUCGGUUAUAUUGCUAUCGUUUUGAUAUCAAUGAUAUUAUUACUGUUUGCUGGAUUUUUUAACACUCAUUCAUGAUUGAGCUAUUAUUUAUUGUGUA